AUGAACCCGGAUCAACCGAUGUCAAUGCAAAACGGGGCGCCGCCUCCGCCCCCCUCGCAGCUGACCGCCCACACAAUCGCCGCGUCCGCCGUCACCGCUGCCCCGCCCACCGGCUCCAUGGCCGCCCCCACAGCCCUGCACUACGGCAGCGGAAUGGGGCCCAUACCCACGCCCACUUCGUCCGCCGGCGGCACGGCCGGCAACUAUGUGUCCAUCGGCAUCCUGCCCAGCAUGUCGCCCGCCCAGCUGCCCCCGCUCCUCCUGCCCGCUCCGCCCCCAGCGACGACGACCUUCAAGACCACGCCCCUGCUGCCCAUGCCCACGCUCGAGGACAUUGAGGUGGCCAGCCAGACGGGCGGUGGCCAGAGCGGUCAAGUGGUCGUGUCCUUGGCCCAAACUUCGAUGGCGCCGCCGGGCAUUUUGAAGUACCCCACGGCGGGCUAUGUGAGCGACUUGAUGGCACCGCCGCCCAGCCUGCCGCUCUCCAUGUCGCUGCCCCAUCCGCCGCUGCCGCUGCCGUUGCCGCUGACCUCCAUUGCCGGCAGCACCGCCGGCAGCAACAACAGCAACAUGAGCAGCAGCAACAGCAACUGCGGCACGCUGAAGAGCAAUGCGAAACUGUUGCCGCUCCAGCUGAUGGCCACGCCCCCCAGCCGCAAGGAGCCGCUCACACCCGCCCAUCCGCAGGCGGCAUCGAUUCAGGCCCAAGCGCAGGUGCAGCACCAGCUGCAGCAGCAACACCAGCAGCAGCAGCAUCAACAGCAGCAGCAACAACAACAGCAGCAACAGCAACGGCAGCGCAAGCGGCAGGGAUGGUGCUCCUGUUUCAGUACGAGCGCCGGGGGUGGUGCCGCUGGUGGUGGUGGCAUGGGUGGUGGUGCAGGGGAGAGCGGAAAGACGCCACCCGGCUACGGAAGCAAGGACAAGGAGAAGGAGAAGAAGAAGAGCCGCAAGGCCACCUCGCAAACGGUGUGGUCCGCCCUGCUGACGAACCUGGGCAUCUGCAUGCUGCUGCUGGCCUACACACUGCUGGGAUCCUUCAUCUUUCUGACCAUCGAGAACGAGGACUCGGCUUUGCUGCAUCAGCAGCACACUCUGGCCAGCACCAAGCGCAAUUUGGCUGGCCUCGGUAUUGGCGCAGCGGGAAUCGGGAGCAGUAUCUAUCAGCAGCAGCAAAGGACACCACAUCAGCAGCAGCAACAGCAGCAGCAGCAACAUCAGGCGGUACAGGGACGUCAGGGCGACAAUGACACGCUGGCCGCUGCAGCCGCAGCUGUCGCCGCCCAAGGAAUGUCGGCCGGAAGCGCCACUGCCGGCGGCCACAAUCCAUUUGGCCAGCCCGCAUCCAGUGGCGACUUUGUGUACGGCCUGGACGGCAUGGAUGCCACCGACCUGGAGGCGGGCGGAAUGCCACAGUUCGCCCUCUCGCCGGACACCUACGAUGUGCGGCAGCGGACCAUCGAGAAUAUCUGGGACAUCACCGUCUCGCUGAACAUCCUCUACAAGGAGAACUGGACGAAAUUAGCCGCACUUGAAAUAGCCAAGUUUCAAGACCAAUUAAUCAAGAGACUGAACGAGGAUGUUAUGCUGCAAUUAUCGCACGACGAUGUGGCCAACGCCCCCGCCUCCUCGUCGUCGUCGUCGGGCGCCUCUGGUGUUCCGGGUAGCAACAAUCCGGCCACGGAAGCCGUGCUCCUUCACACACACUAUCACCAUCAUCGUGCCGGAGGCGUUGGGGGCGUGGCAGUGGGCGGAGGGCCGCCGCAUGAGUGGAAUUUUGCCAAAGCGUUUUUGUAUUCGCUGACCGUUUUGACCACAAUUGGCUAUGGAAACGUGGCGCCGCGAACGACGCUCGGGAGGAUCGUGACCCUGGCGUACGCCUUCUUCGGCAUCCCACUGACCCUGGUCUACCUGAGCAGCACGGGCAGCAUUUUGGCCCGGGUGGCACGCGAGGUCUUCUCGAAGGCGCUGUGCUGUUGCCUGUGCUCGAACUGUGGCUACUGCUGCUACGACGAGAAGCGGAUGGCCGAAAAGGAGCGCCGGAUGCGGCGCAAGAGGCAGCAGGAGGAGCUGCGCAAGCAGCAGGCGGUCAUGCAGGAGCCGUACUACGUGCGGGAUGUCUUCCAUGGCACGCCCGAAAAGGAUGCGGCAGGUGGAGCACCGCCGCCGAAUGCCGGCGGACCGGGUGGAUCCGUUGGUGGCCUGGGCGACAUCGAUUCGCUCAGUGCCAGCGAGUCCAGGGGCUCCAUGCACGGCCUGAGCAUCUUGGCCCCCAUCCUGCUCUGCUUCUCCAUGAUGAUCAUCUACAUUGUUUUCGGCGCCGCCGUCUUGUAUCGCCUGGAAAACUGGCCCAUUCUGGAUGGCAUCUACUUCUGCUUCAUGAGCCUGUCCACCAUUGGCUUUGGCGACAUGCUGCCGGGACUGCGACGCGAAUCGAAUGCCACCACCUGGUUUUGUUCGGUGUACAUCAUGUCGGGCAUGACCCUGACGGCCAUGUGCUUCAAUGUCAUACACGAGGAGAUUGUCCAUCGCAUUCGCAUUGUGGUCGAGUUCAAGAAGACGAGUGCCGCCAACUCCGGCGGCGGUUUGAUCGGCGGCGGCAGUGUGUCGGGUGGUGCAGGUGGUGCUGGUGGCUCCAUGAUGGACGUGGCGCACGAGGAGGGUAGCCAGUACUAUGUGCCGGCGUCCUGA